AUGGAAAUAUCGAAGGUCCUCCCAUGCGCGGCAGCGUUCGCCGCCUUCCUCGCGACGCUGCUCCUCGCCUCCGCCGCCGCCUUCUGGCUCGGCGCGCAGCCCGCGGCGGAAGCGCUCCUCCGCUCCCUCCUCGCGCCCUCCGCCGCUCCCUCCGCGCCGAUCGGCGCCGACGACGGCGCGCCUUCCGCGCGGAUCAACGCGGAAGACGAGCCUGUCAAUGACGAGUAUAUUGAUGGCGAGCCUAUCAAUGGCAAGUCUUCCCAGGGCGAGUCUAUUGGUGACGGAGCCACGCGGGGGACUGAAGCUGCAGCAACGUCCGCGUUUGGGAGUGAUUCGUUUCUGCUAGAGGAUAAUGCGUCUGUGCCGCGGAUUCUGGAGUUUGAUCUGAUCAAGACGUACCCGCACGACAGGAGGGCAUUCACUCAGGGUCUGCUAUACGUGGACCAUGACACGAGCGGGGGGAGGGGCAGCGGCGAGGGGGUGUUCUACGAGAGCACGGGGGAGUACGGGCGGUCGACAGUGAGGGAGGUGGAUGUGGCAACUGGUGAGGUGCUCAACAACGUGCCUCAGAGUGCCGACGUUUUCGGAGAGGGCCUUGCACUGCACAACAACAGGCUGUACCAGCUGGCAUGGCGUGUGCGGAAAGGCCUGGUGUAUGACAGAGAGACACUGCAACCACGGGGCAGCUUCCAGCACGACAUGGCGGAUGGGUGGGGCCUUUCUGUGCUCAACGGGUCGGUCAUGGUCGGCACAGAUGGCUCAUCCACCCUCUUCCACCUCGACUCCUCGUCCUUCAAAGCCAAAGGGCGAGUGACAGUGAAGGACGGAAAGCGGAGCAUCCCGAACCUGAACGAGCUGGAGGUGGUGGGGGGGCUCGUGUGGGCCAACGUGUGGCUGAAGGUUCCCCCUGCUCCCCUCCUCUUCUUCACCCCCACUCCGUCUCCCGCACUCCAUUCCAGCCGUGGCGCGCGUGACAGUGAAGGACGGAAAGAGGAGCAUCCCGAACCUGAACGAGCUGGAGGUGGUGGGGGGGCUGGUGUGGGCCAACGUGUGGCUCUCCAACUGCCUCGCCGCCAUCCACCCCAACACCGGGAAAGUGUUGGCGUGGAUGGACCUCUCCUCCCUGCAGUGAGUGGCUCUUGUGCUGUGGCUGCACCUUGGCCCCCCUGCAGUGAGUGGCUGCACCUUGGCCCCCCUGCAGUGAGUUGGUUGUCAUUAGGCUGUCAGCACAGCGCGCCCCUCUCAUCGUGUUCCUCUCCACCUGCCUCGCCGCCAUCCACCCUCACACCGGCCGAGUGCUCGCAUGGCUGGACCUCUCUUCCCUGCAGUGAGUUGCUUGUGUGGCUGGUGCUCUCGAGUUGA